GGCUCCCCUCGGCGGCGGCGGCGGCGGGCGGAAGGCUGAGGGCGGCAGCGCCAUGCCGGGCCCGGCAGCGCCGGGGCCCGGUCCCGACCCCGAGGAAAGCUACGACUUCCUCUUCAAGCUGGUGCUCAUCGGAGACGCCAGCGUGGGCAAGACCUGCCUCGUACAGCGCUUCAAAACCGGGGCCUUCGCAGAGCGCCAGGGCAGCACCAUCGGCGUGGACUUCACCAUGAAGAGCCUGGAGAUCCAGGGCAAGCGGGUGAAGAUCUGGGACACAGCUGGCCAGGAGAGAUUCCGAACUAUCACACAGAGUUAUUACCGCAGCGCCAAUGGAGCAAUCCUAGCCUAUGAUAUCAGCAAGAGAGGCUCUUUCCUGUCCAUUCCUCGCUGGAUCGAGGAUGUGAGAAAGUAUGCUGGUUCCAACAUAGUACAGUUACUGAUUGGAAACAAGUCUGACCUAAGUGACCUUCGCGAGGUUCAGCUGGAAGAAGCUCAGAGUCUGGCUGAACGCUAUGAUAAUAUCAUCUGUGCCAUAGAGACCUCUGCAAAAGACUCCAGCAACGUGGAGGAGGCUUUUGUGAAGAUGGCUACAGAGCUCAUGAUGAGGCAUGGAGGCCCUAUGUUCAGUGAGAAGAAUACUGAUAGCAUCAAGCUUGACAGCAAAGACGUUGUAGAAGGCUGGGGGUGUGGUUGCUGAUAUGAGCUAGGUGAAAUCCGACUUUACUGGAAUUUAGAUGGUGCUUUACCCUUAAUGCUGAGUAGCACAGUAGCCAUAUUCUCCUCCUUCUGUGAAACCAGCCGUUUUGUAGAAGUUAGUUAGACACUAUCCUGGUUGCUUUGGUGUCUUUCUUUUUUUUUUUUUUUAAAUAAGGGGACUUCUGAGAGGUAGUCCUAAAAGUUAGGCCCUUUGAAAGAGCUUAAUCAGCAUUUUUCCCUGCCAUUUCCUUUUCUGUAACCAUCAUGCCAGGUACGAAAGUGGGAAAAAAACUUUGAACCGGUGAUGCAGGGUAGGAGACAGAUGGCUGGAAAAGACUGCCUCACAUCCAAAGUACUGAAGCACUUAGCAUGGGAUUGUUGGCAAAGAAGGUUACUUCUAGAAUAGGCACGCUUGACAGCGUCUCUUCAAAUCCUCAGUGCUCCACCAAUGACCAGAAAGCCUACAAGUGACAGGGAGUGUCUUUGAUAAAGGUAUUUCAGUUUUCAAAAUACCCAUAAUUAUAGGACCAAAUAGCAGUCAUCUGUCCAAGAGCAUGUGGAUUGCUAGCUAGUAAUGGAACAGGCCCAGGAAGGGCAGCCUUCUCUCAGGUUGGUUUUUUUUUUUCAUUUUCUUAAGUUAUCAUUUUAACAGAUAGCAAAAUCACCCUGAGCGAUAUCACACGACUUGCUGUCGGGCAGGGUCGGACCAGUUUAGUCAUUUUAAAUGUAGAAUUGAGAAGAGGGUAAAUCUAUUGCAUUUGUUACUGUUUGCAGUGAUAGCUCCCUUUUUCAAGCGAGCAUCAUGGACUUUUUGCCCUCAGGUCUGUUAAUUUCAUUUCAAGCUCAAGACCUGAACCACUGGAAACAGGAACUGGAGAAACCUUGAACUGACUGGUAGCCAUGAUCCCUUGCCAUGUGCCUCACGGUCAUAUACAGGGUUAAUUCUGGUCAUACAUUUGACAUAACGUUACCAGAGUGUUUAUUGUUUAAGUGGUAUAAGUAGGAUUCCGUUGAUUUUUAACCAUCUUUUUUAAAUAUAAUCUGGGCAUGUAAUUAGAAAGAAGACUUCACAGUAGCUGAGAACUGCAUGCAUUGCAGCUUUUUGGUUUUAAGAGUCUAGCAUCUUCAUGAGGGAUUGCCUCCCACCUUUGUACUCCUCUGCUUCUCUCUCCCUGUCACUAAUUGCUAUUUAUUUCUUAAAAACAAUUAGCAGGGAAAAUCUUUUACUGUUGAUCAAAACUCAUGUUAUUAAGUAAAAUAGAUUUCAUAAUCAUAUAGUUGUCUUUCAGAUUCAGCUCUGUACUGCAUGUUGUAGAUACAGUUGAAGUACUGAUGGCAGCAGUCCUCCCUGGAUUUACACGCUGAAGCACCUUACAAACUCAGAUUAGGAAAAGGAGCAGAAGCAGGCUUAUCUUUAAAUCUGCGCUUAAAACAAAGGUGUUCAGAAGCGACAAGUGAUUUUUCCAAUCCAGAUACUUUAAAGUAGCUCAUUUACAGAAAGCACCCACAUGAAGUGAAGUCACUUUGACCCUUUUGAAAAUCUUGCAUCAAAAAAGACCAGGUGGAUUGGUUUGCUACCAGGUCUACACCUGUUUUAGCCAUUCAGCAUAUCCGGUAUCAUGAAAGUCUGGAAGACUGAAGAAAGGGCUAAUAGAUCCUAAUUUCAGUGCUAUUCAUCUUCAUACAGAAAAUAUUAAAUCAUUCCUUGGUCUUUCUGUUUGUGGUUUUUUUUGUUUUGUUUUGUUUUAAAGUAUGAGGUAGGAUUAUUGAAGAAUUGCUAAGGCUUUGUAUCCUGUUUGCUUCUAAUCUAAGGGACUAGAUUUCAAGUUUUAUAGUUCUAAGACUGAAAGGGCUUUACAUUUUUCAGUUAGCAUUGUUUUCACAACUGUAAUGUUUUAUAUGGAAGGGCGGAUUAAGCCACAGUAUUCAGUAGCAUUUUGGGGACAUACCCAGUAGCAUUUCCAGGACAUAUCCAGCUCUCCUACAUCCACAGAUAGCAGGCAGUGAGUUCCCAGUGGUAGCUAAACACCAAAAAUUAGAAUUGUCCAAAGUCUGCCUUUGUUAUUAGAAAUCUUGCAUUCCACUCCCAGGAAAAUCUAUGAAGACAGUCCAAGCUAAAAUUCAGUCCUGAUUACUGUUUUUCCUCCUGGUUAGAUGGUCCUUAAGCUACAGAAUACUGGCAAGCAUUGCACUUGUCAUGACUUCUUAUAGUUUACAGUUACAUGCCUGCAGGUCUGCAUGCAUGCACAUGGACCCUCAGAUAAGCUCAGCCUCCAGUAUCUGCAGGAUUAGUGCCAAAUUAUUUAAUCCAUGUGGAUAAGGUUUCAUGUGCAUUUAAGGACAGUAUUGCUACUACUCAAAAGCAGUAGUUUACACAGUAACUCAACUUAAAACUGGAACAAGACACAAAAGUAACACAGAUCUUCCAGCGCAGUGAAUUUUUUUUUUUUAAACAGUAAAUGGAGAAAUCCAUUUCCUUAAAUUUCAGUCCCAUCUAGUAAAUGAGUAGCCAUAGACCAAGGAGCUGACCUUUCCUUAGUAUGAGCUCCCAUUUCUCUCUUACGCUAUGGUUGAAGGUUGUGACUCUGCCUGCAGGUUGAGUUUGUCUCAGUCAGAAAACAUGAGAUACAGUCAGUGAUUUGUUCACUGCAUCUUCCAGUGAUGACCCUCACUGGUUCAGGUUUGUUUUUUGUAAAAAGAUGGAGACUUUGGCUUCAGGUCAGCUUUGUCCUCUAACUCUAAAGGCUGCCUGGAUGAAGAGAGCGAGUAGCAAUAAACCUGAGAUUUACAGGUAAAAAAAAAUGGUUUCAACUCUCAGGUUACAAAUGUGCACUGAUGUACAUCAAGUGAAUAAUUCAGUAGCACAUGAUUAGAGUUCACAGCGUAAACUUUUGCCAAGAGCCCUGUUUACUGGCAGCUGAUCAUUAACAAGACUAUGGUGCAGUAACUGCCUUUAAGCAGAUCUCCUUGGCUGACCAUGUAUUUAUCAUUUGGUUUUGGCAGUGCCCAAAGUGUGCAAAAUAUUACAUAAGCGCAGAAGGGAACAUUGAUCCCUGCCCUAUAACAAUUAAGAAUGGAAUGCAGAGGCAAAUACUGAACUGAAGUCAUCAGCAGAAUGUGGUUCCCAGCAGCGUGGGCAGUGUUACUCUGUACUGAUUUUUGAUUUAAGCUAAUUUUAUAUCCAGUCCAUCAUUGUGGAUGGAAAUUUUGACAAAUAUUUAUAAUUACGUAAACAUUGUAACAAAUAAAUGUAAACCUAGAACCCUGCUAAUAUUUGUUUUGCAAAACAAAUCAUAUAUAUAAAUUAAAACAUUUGAGAACAGAAGAAAAGUCCUGAUGAUUUUACCAUUCUCAGUGUAGUGUGCACUCAAAGUGCAGGUGACUGUAUGAGGGAGUAGCAAAGCCAGAUGAAGCUCUCUUCACACUGCAUAGAUUUCUUAGAGCUUCAUGAAAGCUGGGGCUCUUACUCAGUUUUCUUCUUUGACUUCAGAGGAAACCAGAUUUAUAUGAAGAACAGAUUGUCGCAUGUAUUUUAAAUGCAUUACUGCAGUAAACUUUUACAUUCUGCAUGCAUCUGAGCAGUAGUACGCUCAACACUAAAGCCUUUCCCCAGUGCUUCCCUGGCAUAUAUUAUUCCACUGAGAUUUACACCUCCAUCACUUAAUCUCAUAGCCAGUCAGCAUCCAGUUUACCCUUCGAAUGCCUUCUCAUGUCAGUCCUGAGGGAACUGGGAGCUCUUCUCAGAUUUGAUAGUUCUUUUUCUCCCUAGAGGAAGAGAUUUAAAGAUCUGGGAAAUAGUAUCUUAUUUUCUCAGUUUUAAUGUUGUAGUGCUGACCAUCCCACUGAGACUUUGGUCUGAAAACAAGCCUUCUGCAUACAUUAGUUUUUGCUGGGCAGGUCAUGUUAGUUUUCUUUCAACUCUACUGAACAUAGUCAUAGAACUAUUCAAAGCAGCAAAAAUCUCAGAUGCAAGCACUUAUACGCAGUCCCCACCAUGCACUUUAGGAAAAAAAGAGCUAUUCUGUAACAAGACAUUCCCAGCACCUGUUUAGCCCUCUGUACCCCUUUUUAUCAUUUCAUUUUAGUCUGAAGAACAGAAGAGCUUUUUCUUUUUUUUAAAUUUCCUUUGUUUUUACUGUCUCUUUUCAACAAGGGUUUGUCACCCUAAUACUGAUAAUGGCACCCUGAUUACCUGUAUACCUUUAGGUGUGACUGAAGGCAGACUGUGUCAACAGUUGCUUAAUUUUGACAUACUGAUUUGUAUGACGCCACUGGAAAACAAGUAAACAGUCAGUUCCCAAGAAUGAGAAAAGUAAAGCCUACGCCUGAGUUAGCCAAGAAGAAUUUUCUACUUUAUCUCAUCAAACCUGGGCAGUUUAGUCAAUGAUUACUCAGUUUAAAGCAAGUAAUUUCCUUCCCGUAGUUAAAGCAAUACACUGUAGUUACAGGUUUUCCUGCUUGACUUUUGGUGGCUGUCUACCUCCAGCAAAGGUGGAAUGCUGAGCUGUAGCGAAGUGUACACAACAGAGUAGCUUAACGUAAAAGUACAUCACCUUUCUGCAGGGGUGUCCUCUGAGAAUGGUGGGGGAUCAGAUACAACAUCAUUGCAAUCAAUAAAAGAAAACAAUGGAGGCUCUUUUAUCAUUAAAAAGUUACUUUGUAUGUUUCUUUUGCAAGAUAAUUUUAGAUAUUUUUCCAAAGUGAUUACUGAACUGAGCUGCUGAUACUGAUUUCUAUUCUCUCAACCUCAAAUAUACAAAAAAAAAUCUCAUCACAGAUCUCUGAAGGGGCACAGUGGGACUGUAACCCACAGGUUUUCUGCACAUGCAUAAUUACCCGUCUCCCACCUCUGUGACAGAGACUUAAGAUCUGUAACGUGUAUAUAAUACUGUACUCUGAAAAAAAAAGUUAAGUCUAGCUUUGCUCUCAUUCAGCUGAUGAGGUGGAGUAAGCAGGGUUAGGCAUCUGGUAGGUACAGCAGCUUCCUAAAGCUGCUUCUAUCUAAGCCGCUUCCAUCUAAAGCUUGCUUAACCAUGCAAACUUGGGUAUUCCAGCUGAAUUACCACAAGUGAAAUAUCUUUCUAAAAUUACUCAUAAACCAAAAUACUAUCCUGCAUUUACAUUUUUGAUGUUUAAAUUCUGGAUUAAGAUACUGGGAACCACAGUUCCCCUACUAAGUUUAUUCUUACUCAAACUACAGCACAGUUGGCUACACUGUAGGAGGUUCAGUCUUAAGCCCCCCACACUCACCAAGACAUCUUAAAGGACACAUUGUUGAAAUGUAAUAGCUAGCUGAAGGGAUCCAAGUUUUUGUAGGUUUUGACUUCGAUAAAGUACUUUACAUAUGACCAACAUUGGAGCAAGCUAGCAGUUGUGAUUUCUAAUCAUUCAAUCCAUCAAGAUAUAUACACGUAUCUUUCUGCAGACAGAAACAGGAAAACGUUAAAUGGAAGACCGUUUCCUUAGAAAUUGCCUUUUUAGAGCAUCCAACCAUUUUGGCUAUCUAAACUAUUCCAUAUGAAAACAAAGGUAUGAAAGAUUGUCCUUUAAAUGUGGCAUGCCAACUUGCCUUGACAAUUGGAAGCUAUCUAUAAGAGUUAAGAGCUGAAUUUUCAGCAAUUACUGCUGUAAAAUAGCACAAGAGUUGUGUGGAACUAGAUUCUCAGUACACUCAUGCAAAAGGCAGAGCAUACUCAUUCUUUUUCAUGUUAAUUCCCUAUUUCAAUGCCAUGCAUAAAUAAGGUUUUUCCCCUUUGUAAGUGGUAUAAAAAUAGACCAUUCUAGGUAUGAAAAGUGUUUUGGUACUUAAGAAAACUCUAUGUGUGUUUUCUUGAGAGAGUGAUGUACCGAUGAGUAACUGCUGAAACAGCUUGGUGGUGUAAUAGAAGGGAUUCAGUCUGUGGAGUUAAGUUUUGAAACAGUGCUAUGUGAGCAUACCGUUUCAAAACCUGGGAAGCCAAUGCAUGAGGUCAGACACUGCUCCUCUUCCCAGAUAUAGCAUAGAUACAGGCAUACCGAGCAGAAGGUGAACUUAGUUAUUUGUAACUGUUUUAAGAUUUUAUGUUGUCUUUGUGGAGAGAUGCUAAGAUUUUUGAUGGUCAGAUGCUCAACCAACUUUUCCCUCUUUUGUGCCUCGCUCACUGAUACGUGACAGCUGUAACACUCAGUCUCCUGAGGAUGCACAGCUCUAGAACUGUCGAGUCUCAAGUGAGUCUGGCUCACGCACCUGCCGGGGAGAAAAUACAAAUCUCUAAUUCAUAUUGAAUUCAUUCACUGCAUUCCAAAAUGAUUUGAAGGGUUUAGAGGAUAACAGUGUUAAGAAUAUUCUGCAUUUUCUAGGACAAAUCUGUCGCUGUUUUUCCAAGGUUUCUUCGAGAGAUGCAGGCUGUAUGUUUGUAAUCAUCACUAGCUACUUCUCCUAUUACAAUACUGACUAGGUCAUUUGGAAUACGAGGAGACAAGGGAGCAAGCUUGCAUACUAUAGUAAUUUUUUUAUACUUUACCUUCAUCUAUUUAUGAAUUUAUUAUGAAGAAUAUUUUUAAGCAGAUACGAAACCUGCUUUCUGUUGUGAAUUGUAGUCUAGUAGAUACAUUGUACUGUGUAUCAUUAAAAAGAUUUAAUUAAAGUAAACAUUUGGCAAUUAA